AUGAAUAAAUCACUCUUCAUUUUCAUUUUCCUAUCCAUACUAUCGCUUUCCUCUGGCCAAUAUUCUCCUACUCCGGUGCGCGACACUGACAAGAAUGUCUUACGUGUUGGCACUAAUUACUACAUCGUCCCCGCUGUGCCUGGCGGUGGUGGCGGGCUGAUCACAGCCCGAGGACCCGGCCAGUUGUGCCCCCUUGAAGUGGCUCAACAAAUUGGUGAUAAAUUGAAUGGGUCACCCUUAAGUUUUUCACCAGCCAACCCCAACAAAGAUGGCAUCAUAUUUGAAUCUACCGAUAUCAAUAUUAAGUUCAUGGAUAAAUCAUGUGCUCCAAGCACUGUUUGGCGAGUUGAUGAUCCAAAUUAUUUUGGGGAACGAUACAUCUCGACCCAAGGGAUGUUAGGAAGGCCAGGACGGGAAACAAUUAACAAUUGGUUCAAGAUACAAAAGUAUGAGGAUCACUACAAGCUAGUACACUGCCCGUCGGUGUGUAAAACUUGCAAGAUAGUUUGUGAAGAUAUUGGUAUUAAGAUCAGUGAAAGGGGACGUAGAAGUUUGGUUUUAAAUAAAAAGCCUCCUUUUAAAGUCAUGUUCAAGAAGGCAUAG